UUAUUCAUACGCGUUAAAUUAAAAAAAAUGCAUUCAAAAGUUCGACCAAGUGGACCUAUAAAAGCAAGACCCGGUCAUCGUCAAUUGCAAGUCGACCUAAGACACUCAAUAACAUCACAUGCCUUCAUCUUCACCAAAAACAAUCCCAUCCCGUGCCAAUAUGCAAUCCAUCGUGGUUUUCUUUACUUUAUUGGGUUUGAGCGUCGCCACUCCCCAAGGAGAUGAGAGUGCCCCAAUCAUGGAGACCCCCGAAUACGCCCCUCUCACUCAAGCCAAGAUAGUCGAACUCUACGAGUUCUUGAAGGCCGAACUCGAAGGAGAGGACCUUGAUGGUAAGGAACCCAUGGAACCCGUAGAACUCGAUAUGGAUUCCCUGGAACUUGACGAAGAUGAAAGUGCUCGGGAGAAACGAAGUGCCGAGGCCAAACCCUUCUUCUGGCGUUGGCUCUUUGGAUACCGACGUCAUGGUUACGGAUAUCGAAAACACUACCAUCAUUGAGAGAUGAUCUAAAACUACCGAGCAUUCUUGGUGACAUUGAAGACAUAGUCAGUAGGAGAUUUAGUAAAAUAGCAUCGGUUGAAAUAAAAUAUUUGAGAGAUACCAAGAAAUGGUUUUACUUUUCAAGAGGUCAAACUUCUAAUGAUUUUGGACUCUAUUUGGCUCAAAUAACUGUCUCACCUUUUUGAUUUAUGGAUGCUGGGUUUGACAAAUUAGGCUCACAAAUUCAAAAACCAGAAACGAGUUCAAUGACCAAUGAGGACUGGUU